GGAGCUACCAGGAUAUAAGAAGAGAACCACGAGAAGGUCAAGAGGUUAUUGCAAGAGAGGUUAUUGCGAGAGGAGCAGAGAGAAGCCCUUCUCUUUUCGUGUCUACGAAUCCUGCGGGUCGGGACAGGUGGCGCCCAACGUGCGGCACGAAAAAGAACGAAGGAACCGCUGAAGGACCAGCUGUGGUGAGCCGGCAAGUAAAGUAAAGUAAGGUAAGGUAGCUGGGAUCAUGGGCAAUUCAAUGUUCAAGGGGCAGUUAGUUAUUUCCCUGGAAGCUCUCCUAAAAGAGUUUGGGGUUCCUCUCAGUAGAAAAAUUCUUAAAAGAUUUGUAGAGACUCUUAGUAUCACUAGUAAAUGGUUUCUGGAGCAGGAUCAGGUCGAUAGUGACAAAUGGAAUAAGGUAAAAGGAGAUAUCGUCUUACAUCAGCAAUUAUAUGGUCUUGAGUCUCUUCCUGGCACUACUUUGACGGUCUGGGGAGUGGUGGGAGAUGCUCUUAAUGCCGGUGGCACUGCUGCCGUUCAGUUGGCCACUGAGGCCGUCAGGACAGCGAAACAAACAGAGGAAGAAGAUAGAAGUUCCAUUAUGAGUUCUACAUUGGUAAGUCCCCCUUCCUCUACUCAAAAAAUACCAACAGCCCCUCCCCUAGAUUAUUCUACCGAUGAGUCGGGAGGAGGGGAGGAACAGGAUGAGAAAGGCCUUGGUUGUUAUAAGCCAAGGAAGCGUAAAAGGAGAUGGAAAACACCUGGGGAGCCACCUCCUGCGCCACCUCCUAGAACACUCGACAGGGUUGAUCUUCCGUUAAUGGAAAGACUGUGCUCUAUGAUGGAAAGAGUCCUGGUUUCCCAGGCUCCUAAUUAUGCUUACCCAGUCGUGGAAGGGACAGAUCCUCAAGGGGUGCUUACUAGAGUCCAUGUCUCCAUCGACACAUUCUCCGGUUUUCUUUUCGCCUCCCCAAAUUGCGGUGAAAAGACUUCUGAUGUCUGCUCACAUUUGUUACAAGCAUUUGCGGUAAUGGGCCGCCCACGUGUCAUUAAGACAGAUAAUGGUCCUGGUUAUACCAGUAAGGCUUUUGCCUCCUUUUGUGCGGUCCAUCGCAUUGUGCACAAAACAGGAAUUCCAUACAACCCUCAGGGGCAGGGUAUAGUUGAACGUGCCCAUGGUUCUCUGAAAACUAUGCUUUUAAAACAAACAGGGGGAGAACACUCCCCCAGGGACCGUUUGACUACAGCUCUCUUUACCCUUAAUUUUUUGACCCUAGAUGCCCAGGGGUGGUCAGCUGCUGAUCGGCACUGGUCGCCAGACCCUCGGCAGGUCACGAUGCUGCAAGUGAGAUGGAAGGAUCAGGUUAAUAAUGAGUGGCAACCACCCGCACCAGUAUUAAUACAGCUGCCCGGCAGCAUUUGUCUUUUCUCACAGGAUGCGGAAUCACCCCAAUGGGUUCCUGCUCGAUUGGUUCGGUUUGUCGAUGUACCUGACCCUGCUAAUCUUGAUGACACGAGCGUCCCAGAUGUCAGUACUAUGGGCGAUUGUGCAUCAGCUGUUUUUUUUGCUCCUCAUUGAUCAUCAUGAUUCCACUUUUCCGCAAGUGUUUGCCACUAACUUACUACUGGUCUGGCUUCCAAGCCAUUGGAUAGUGCCCUGUUGGGCCAGGGUGAGGUAAAAUUAUUUAAUGACAUUUAAUCUGCAAACAUUAGUUCUACCAUUGAACAAUCCGUUAGUAUCCAG